CCGCCACUCACUUUCGUUCAUCCUGCGGGGCCGUUCAGAGGUUCGCCGGACGAAGCGCGUUGAAAUCCUGCGGAGGGUUGCGGGACGUGGCAGCCGCUGGGCCACGCUGCUCGGGGGAGGCGCACACAAACACACUCACUCUCACUUUCGCUUGUUGCGGCCGGCCUUUGCUGCGGUGCGUUCGUGUGUGUGUGUGUGUGUGUGUGUAGACGUGUGACGGCGCGGAUCGGGCGUAACCUUCAGCGUGUGGUGUGGCAACGGAGCAGCGCUGUGAAAGUACUCAUUUGUUGUGCGUAGCUCCUAGGGAACCCCUGCCCAGCCGUGCUCCGCUCUGAUCCUCCUCGCGCCCUGUUACACCUGUAGUUCCGUGACGCGCCCGUGACGUGCCCUCGUGACGUUCACCGCCUGACUGUGGCUGCCCGAGACCCGCUCUUCUCCCGGCCCCACUGUGCAACGCGACGCCUGCUGCUCCUCACCUCGCUGUGGGCUCCGCCAGGAAUAUUUUUGUCCCCGCCACGACACCUCAUGGAUUUGCUGUUGUGUUCGUGCCUAUGAUGUGUUACUGUGUGACGACCUAGUGCUAACUGCUAAUACUGGUCCCCUUGUGUUGUGUGAUGCUGUGAAGGAUACGCGCCCUGUGGUGCUACCGAGUGUACUGAUACUGAUCUGUUAGUGACCUGUUGAUCCGGGUGUCUAAGGUGUCUGUGCCCCCCUGCUGGAUACCUGUGUCUCUGCUCCUCACUCCCGCUCAGUCAUAGGAAGUGACUGACCGAUCAUCGCUAUAGAGCCCACCGUCGCCAGCCUUAAGAAGUGAGGCCUGAGCGCCGUUGGAUGCAUGCUGGCAAUACAGUAUCGACCACGCUCACAUUUCCCAGAUUAACUUAGUGAAGCCGUCGAGAGAUCACGCGGCCCCGCCCGCCGGAAGAGCUUCCCAUUAUGCCCUUCAUCGACGACGACCUGCUGUGGUGCCCCGACAACGACGGCAAGAUGGUAGACCUCUCCUGCCUGGACCCUGGGGGAGGAAAUGGUGCAGGCAAUAGUGCUGCCCCCGGAGGGAACAACAACGAGCAGAUGACACCUAUGGGCAUGGGGGUCAUCGGUGGCCUGGCCUCAUCCAACCCGUCCAGUGCCCCAGAGUGUGGGGACUUGGCUGAGCUGUCCCAGGCCGACCUCAAAGGUCUGGUCGGGGAAAUUACUGAAGAAGAUGAAAUCUUUACCAGCAUAUCUGACCCAAACUUUGAACUGGAUAAUAUUUUUGCUGAGGUUGAUGACUCCUUCCUGUCUGGUAACCCAAUGAGGGGCCGUGACGGCAGGUGUGGCCGUGACGACUUCAUCCCCGCCACACCCACAGACUCGGCCAAGACACCCUCCGACCUGCACAUGAUCCACAUCAAGCAGGAGAUGGAAACUAUGGUUCCUUUGCCUCACCAGAGUGAUGAGGAGCCCAUGUCCACAAGCACUAUGGACGCCGUGUCCAGCACCAGCACCCUCACCCUGAUGCGCUCCCCUCAACACUCCAUGUCCAGCCACAGCCACCUCAUGUCCCACCUCGGCAACAACGCCUGUGCCUCCCCCCUUGGUCACCACAUGCAGCACACAAACGGCAGCCAGACCUUUGAAAGCUUGCUCAAUGACUCCGAGACAAACGGCAAUGGAUGCACCAACACGUCUCUUCUCCAGAAUGCCUUGCAAAACAAUCCAAAUGGCUUGAUAGAUCCUCGCCAUAUCAAAAGAGAAAACUCCGUAGCGGCCGCAAACCCCCUCCUUGCCGAAAUGGCGCCAAUCCCUCAUUGGGCAUUUUGGGAGGACUUUGGGUUGUUAUCUUCCUCGUAUGACCGGCCGAUGGCCAGCCCGGCGUCCACUCCGUCGUCCACUCCAUCCCUCCCCUCGCUGCUGGGCCACGUCAAGAUCAAGAAGGAAGUGCUGGACCAUCCCCACGACAUGUGCAAAGGUGAGUACAGCCCUUCAGUAUUGGGGUGGCCAGCAUGGGCGUCUGGAGAGGGAGGACGCAAGGUGAGGCAGUUGCCCCCUUUAGAAAUCUGUCACAUUCCCAUUCUUGUUUACAUGUUAAAACGAUUACGGUAAUAUUUUCAAAACCUC